AUGGUCGUCACAGAUUCUCCAUUUUUCAAAACAGCAAUGGACAUUGUGGGACUGAUGCCAACGGUCAAAUUAAAUAAUCGUUACUGUUUAACAUUUCAGUGCAUGUUUACACGUUUCGCUAUAGGUAUUCCAAUACCUGAUCAAACGGCUAUUACUAUAGCAGAUGCUUUUAUUAAACGUGUGGUCUGUCUAUUCGGAGCACCAAACGGCUUGCUUACCGAUUGCGGGCAAAAUUUUUUGUCAAACUUAAUGAAAAGAGUUGCAAAAAGAUUUCGUAUUAAACAAUUCCGCACAAGCGCUUUUCAUCCUGAAUCCAAUGGAGUAAAAGAAAGACAACAAUCCUCAUUAAACGAAUAUUUAAAAGUUUUUACAAAUAAGUUUGAAGAUUGGGAUGAAUUUGUAGAAAUGGCAAUGUUCAAUUAG